AUGGCCCUGUCAUUAUUCAGACGAAUCCUGACGAGAUACGCUCAACGACUGCCAGAACCUACCUGGAGUCAUUCUCAAUCAGCUUUCGACAUCAGCGACAUCACAGGUUUUUUACCUGCUCAACCACUACGGCACCUGCCCCAGGAGUACGACAUCUGGGAGGCUGCCUUAACCGAAGCUCAGACCGUGUUGUCUUUGGGAACCGACAAUAGUAAUGUCGCCGUCGCAAAAAGACAGGAUGGAUUACGCUGGCGGGACCGCAUACGAGAGUGGCCGGUAUUGCAAGUGGAGCAUUUGAAUGAUGACAUACGGCAGCUUCAGCGAGCGCAUCUCGUGCUAGCAUUCUUGGUCCACUUUUUCGUUCAUUCGAUACCGCCCACGGAACCAGCUUCACCUGUACAAGUACCCAGAGCCCUCGCAGUACCGCUUGUGACGGUCUCCCGAAUGCUAAAGAUGGCCCCUGUGCUCACGUUCGCCGACGUCGUGAUGUGGAACGCUGUUCCCGAAAAUCCCGAUUUUCCCGUCUCUCUCACCAAUCUCCGCUUCGAGAAUCUACUCUCGGGUACCGAAGACGAGUACAAUUUCUACCUCAUGUCCGCCAGAGCAGAGCUUCAAGGGGUAGAAAUUUUACACAUCAUCGACUCGUACCAUAGCUUACCCAACACAACCGACUUGACGUCAACCACCAAGAUCGCUCGUGAUCUCACCCGCUUGAAGAACGUGAUUGAGGAGCUUACCGCGACGUUGGAAUCGUCUCGCGAGUUAGUGGAUCCCCACGAUUUCUAUUUUGCCGUCCGACCUUGGUGGAAAGGGAGUGACGCGGAGGGCCCUGACUCCCCAGGUUGGAUCUACGAAGGGGUCACUGGGUUGGAUCAUAACUAUCUGAGCGGGCCGUCGGCGGGCCAGUCAACAGUGAUGCACGCUCUUGACAUCUUCCUAGACGUAGACCACAAAUUGGUGAAGCGCCGUGCGCCUGCCCCGUCUAAGGAGAAUAAGAAGGCCGACUUAGGAUUCAUGGAGCGCAUGAGACAAUACAUGCCUGGGAAACAUAGAGAAUAUUUGGAAUAUCUGGCAAACAGCCCGCGUCCCCUCCGGGAGGCGGCUAGGCAGUCUCCAGCGCUCCGGGAACCGUACAAUGCCGCAGUCCGGGCUCUGAAGGCGUUCCGCGACGUGCAUAUCCGUAUCGCGUGCCUCUACAUCGUUACGAUGUCGAAGUCCCAGAUACCAGCGCAGUGUCCGGCCUCCGCAAUGAUGAACAAGAUGGCCGAUCAGGUAGCUAGCAACCGCAGGCCAGUCAGGGGAACCGGAGGCACAGAGCUCUUACCGCUCUUGAAGGCAGGGAGAGACGCGACGGCUCGCACAGCUUUGUGA